AUGGCAUCGCCGCCUAACAAUCAGCCAAAUAGUGCUGAAGGAUGUUGGAAAAAAGCGUACGACUUGUUGGACGACACGCUCCGGUCCAGUAUCAACUGUGUAACAACAGACAAGCAUGAUGUUCUCGCUGCAGUGCUCAAAACUGCAGCCCAGAAGCGCGAGAUUUGCAUUCACAAGCAGUGGAAGGCCAAGCUACCCAAUGGCGAAGUCAUCAUAGUCCGCGACGUGGUCGAAAAGAUCGCCAAGUGGGUGGAGGCCUUCAUCGCUGUCGGAGAUGUUGCAGUUCAAUACGACCCCGCGACUGCUGCAUUACCGUGGGCCGCUGUGCGCUUCGUUCUCCAGGCGGCAAUCAGCGAUACAAAGAUCGAGGGAGCCUUGGUUGCAGAUCUUGAAACCAUUUCGAGGUUGAUCACUCGCUAUGGUGACUUUGAGAAGAUUCACCAUCUUCGCCUGUCACUUGUGAAAUCUCAGAUGGACAACAGCCUGACUCGUCUUUACGCGGACGUGUUGCGAUUCCUAGCAAUGGCAGUGAGAUAUUUCGAUGCCAAUAGAUUCGCUCGUGGCGUGAAGAACGUCUUUCGAGUUCCGGACAGCAGUCUGAUGGACAAUAUCAUUCGAAGUGAAGCGGAGCUACUUAAGAUUGCCGGCCUGUCGGAUAGCGAGAAGUUGUAUUACCUUGAAGCUUCUGUGACCAGGCUCAUAGACCAAUCUUCGGUGUACCAGAAAAGUUUAGACGAGGCUAAGCACCUAGGCCUUCUGCGAUGGCUUUCCUCGUCUCCGUUCACGCGACAUCAUGAAACAAUAUCGGAAACAAGGAUGCCAAACUCUGCCACUUGGCUAUUCAAACGGACUGAAUACAAAACUUGGCGCAACUCUAGCUCUUCAUCCAUGCUGCUUUUACAUGGAAUUCAAGGGUCGGGGAAAUCCAAGAUUUGCUCAGCAGUGGUGGAUGACUUUCUACACGAGCGCGUGUCUAACCAGUUGGCAGCUCAUGUGGCGUAUUUCUACUGUGCAGAUUGCGAAUUUGAGCCAGAACGGGCCCAAGCAAGCGGUGUCAUGCGAAGUAUACUACGGCAGCUUACAAUCGCCAACGCUAGCCAGUCCAUGGUCCACGACAUUAUAUUGUCGGAUUUUGAGCGUAGAUCAGCUCAAGCCAAGGUCGAUGGAAUGGAUUUGCAGAAGAAAACGACCAAAGACUGCGUUAACCUCAUUCUUGAGGUUACCCUCCGCGAUCCGGUGACCAUCUUAGUAGAUGCUUUGGACGAAGUCAGAGAACCUGAUCGGCCUGCACUUAUCAACGCCCUCGAGGAGAUUGUGGUUAAAUCAUCGAGUAUCGUGAAAGUGUUUCUCACGAGUCGCAACAACAGUCAAAUCUUUUCUCUGCUGAGGAGUAGAGAUACAAGUACAGAAGUGGGUUCACUACGGCAGCUUGCAAAUCCCCAUUUGAAGGAGAUCGAGGUCGCCAGCGACGAGACAUUGCCGGAUAUGAAGGCUUACGUUGCGCGAGAAUUGACCCAGGCAGUGAAAGGUCGGCGUCUGCUCAAGGCAGAUCCAUCGUCAGAACUUUGGGAUCUUCUCCACGAAAAGCUGAUUCUGGGAGCCGGCGAGAUGUUCCAGUGGGUCAAUGCUCAGAUCGAGUACCUAUGCCAACACAACCGAGAAGCAGACAUCGCAGCAUCACUGCAAAGCGAAAAUUGGGCUUCACUCGAAGAUACUUAUGGACAAAUUCUCAAUACGAUGUUGAGCAAGAAGACGUCUGAGCGCGAUAUUGCCGUUCGAGCCAUUUCAUGGCUUCUAUAUAUGCGGGAACCAAUGCAUUCCGAUCAUUUUCUGACCGCUAUUCUUGGUCAGGAGGAAAUUUUCAAUGCUGACAGGGCUCAAGAAGAGCUUUUGGCAAUAUGCUCAAGCCUAGUAUGGUUUGACUCCAAAUGCCAUACGUUCCGCUUCUCACACAACUCAGUCCAGGAGUUCUUACGAGCACAAGAAACUUUCUCUCCAUCAUCCGCGCAUCGUGUGCUUGCCGUCGACUCCCUGAAAGUCUGCAGGCAAGGUCCAACUCCCGAUGUCAAUCCAGUUCCAAGCAGGCUGUAUGGAUAUGCGGCGGUUUAUUGGGGAUAUCAUUGCUCUAGAGCCAUUGAUUCUCAUGAUGAUGACGGACUCUCUAACGAAAUCGUGUCCUUCAUCUGCGAAAGCCCAGGCGAUCUCAGUCUUUCGUUUGCGGAGUGGAUGAACUGCAUCGAUGAGAUUGCCAAGGGCCUACCGGAUGAACAUCCAAUGAAGACGAUCUCGGACGCACUACCAAACCCUGAAGGCUCGCCUUUGUUCGUGGCCGCCGCUUUUGGGCUGGAUUGUUUACUCACCGAAGCCGUUCUGGGAGCCGGAGCUUUUGACUGGGACCAAAGAAAUGCGAGUGAGCACACAAGCCUUUACAUUGCUUGCGCCUUCGGAAACCAAUCUGUAGCACGCAAGCUCUUAGCCCAGGGGGCAGAUCCUAAUGCCAGAUGCGGAAAAUUCGGGAAUCCUCUACAGGCUGCCUGUUUCAAUGGUCAUGGUUCUUGCGCCCAGGCAUUGCUGGAGUUUGGCGCUUCAGUCAAGUUGGAAGGGGCUUUUACCAAUGCCCUCGAAGCAUGCUUUCGCGGGCAAAACGAGGCGAUUGCAAUGAUGCUCCUGAAGCAUAAAAGCACCAUUGAAUGUGAAGAAGACUUCCAUUCUGCCAUGGAAUGGGCCGCUCAAGCUGGAUUUCUUGAGGUGAUGGGAUUGCUUGUAGAACAGCCGCCGAGUGGAAAGGUCAAGGUUACUAUGUCAGAAAAGCUGAAGAUGAAGACUGCUGGAGUAAUUCAAAACGGGUACGAGGGAACUCUGGCGGCAUUUCUGAAAAAUAAACCAGAGCCUACCGAGCUUCUCCCAGAUGGCCCAAUCGCUCUGGCGGCUCUAUAUGGGCAUGAGUCCAUGAUUGAUCUUCUCAUUGGCAUGAAUCUCAAUCUGGAAGACGAAUGCAAGCUUGGAUCACCUCUGCGGUGCGCGGCGUUGAUGGGUCACGAACGAAUCACCCACAAGCUCAUCGAGCUCGGAGCAGAUGUGAACGGCUGUGGCCAACAUGGGACGGCGUUACAAGCCGCUUCCAUGAAGGGCCACAUUCGCAUUGUGAAGCUCUUACUGCGAAAUCAUGUUGAUGUCUAUCAAAGAAGCCUGAAGCAUGGAACUGCCUUGCGUGCUGCGGCUUCCUAUGGACAUCACAACGUUGUCGAAGCCCUGCUGUACAGUGAGGUAGAUUUAAAACGAUAUAAAACACUCAACGAGUUGGAAGUCGCCCUCAAUUGUGCUGCAGCCGGGGGCCAUUACGGAAUUGUGAUAUCGAUGCGCGGCAGAGACCACAAACUCCAGAAAAUGAGGCGUCCGCCGGUAAAAGCUUGCGCGGGGGGCUUGCACCGUCGUGGCUUCCGCCGCUGGAAGCAAAGCUUCAUGAACUGA